AUGUCUGAUCCGAAGUUAUUAUGUGCGAACAACCAAGGUGUUGCCAUACCCUGCAAAAGCACUGGCUCACUAGCAUGUAAAAAUUGCCUCUUGGUUCCUUACUGCAGCAAGCGUUGCCAGGCUGCCCAUUGGCCUAUUCAUCGCAAGGAUUGCAAAUCCAUAAACAAUUGGCAACCUUUGUGGGUAAAAGAACGCAGAGUGCCCGCCUUCAUAGGUAACAGUUCCGCGCAAGUAUUCCACGGGCCAAAUAAAUACCUUUGGGGCAACGUCCCAGCGAUUGACGUAAUCCAACUGCAACACAAUGAAGGGGUCAAUUUUAAAAAUCCGUUGAACCUCCUUUUUCCAGCUUCGGGGGAUAUGAGAAAUGUUAUUCUCUCUAUCGUCAAUCUUCAUUCUUAUAAUGGACCGCUCAGCAUAGUAUUGAACGAUAGGGAAAUGGAUAUAGUAGCCCGGAAUGCUAUAUUCCUGUUGAUCUUCCUUGUUGAGGAUGACCCGAUCAUCGCUGCAGAACAUGUCCUUCACAUUUGGUACUCGGCUUUGAUCACAGAACCUUGUCAAAGCCUCCUACAGGACAAGCUCCGGCCAAUGGUAAAGAGCGUAUGCGACAAGAUCAUGCAUAAGCCUGGCUCAUCGCUUUUAGCCAAGACAUGGUUAUUUGGCAACGCGUCUCUACGACUAGUACUAUCUCGGGAUAAAUGGUUCUCUUUCCUAUCAUAUUUUGACGUUCCCCAGGGGUUGACCAAAGACACCGCCCAACGAGUUCGACAAGCAGUUAUGUUAGCUCCCGAGAGAGUUGACUAUGUUCAUCGAGUCAUGUGUCUGAAAACUCCGCCUCAAAGGCUCGGCAUGUUCAAGUUUCGUGCUGACGGCAUUUUGCUACCGUUCAGUCAUACUCGUGAAGAGUUUACAGUACCAAACCCAACCUUGUUUCAUUCGACCUAUGAAUGGCCAAUGAUGGAUAAUGCUGAUCCUACAUCCGGUUGGUCGCUCAAAGCAUUCCUCGAGUUCAAUAUUGGGCCAACGAAGAACGACAUAUAUGGCAAGCUCUAUCAUUACCUCAGACAGCUAUUUGUAGAGUUCCAUCGCCGACUGCGGGCUUUCUCGGUAAAGUUUGAACUUCUACAAGCCGAUGCAAGAUCUCUACAGCUAGGUGAGAAGAGAUUUGAUCGCAUCGAUGUGGGCAAUAUCGCGGAUUUGUGUCAUCUUGGCAUUGGUGAAACUUUGAAGACGUUUGGUCCAUUGCUUCAGCCUACAAUUAUCAAUGAACAUGCGACUCUCAUCACGCUAUUCAUAAACGCUGUUCCGGAGAUGAUUAUGUUGAAGGAAGGAAGAAUGUUUCCGCCGGAUAACAUGCCGGAGCAGAUAGAGAAAGUUUUCCAAUACAUGCCCGAGCUUGAACAGCCCACAGCCACUAACAUGACCACUAACAUGACCACUAACAUGACCACUAACAUGACCAAGACUCUGAUGGCAAUGAAUCUAGUUCAAGACGUGGACGGAAACUUCGAUAUGUAUACGAUGCUACACGCAUUUCACUCUACGGCGAUUCGUUCUGGGCUAUGGAUGAAAGAUACGCACACGAUAAUCGAGAGAUGGCCGAUGCGAAUCAGUCAGGAAUUAACCGAGCAGGCAAAAGAAUAUUUUGCCCUCUUACUCUCUUCGAGCCAUAAUGGACAGGAACGUUAUGUUGAGUGGAGUCGUAUAGUGGGACGAACGCGAAAGGAAUGA